CCUUAUAUCGCAUUAGGAGGGGGCAGUGAAUGCGUAAGGUUGCUUUAGCAGAACAUUCUAAUAUAAUUAAAUAAAUUUUAUAGUGAAUCGAUAUGGCGACAGCUAAAAAAUUACCGAGGUUAGGGAUAUCUAAAAUAGCAUUGAGAUAUUUAAGUGACAAAAUAGUACGUUCUAUCAUCAAAGAUAAUACCGUUUCAAAACAAUCGUUGAGUGAUUACGUUUGGAAGAAUUUGGAUAAGUGGAGUGACAAAACUGCAUUGGUGUGUGUCGAAACUAAACGCAGUUAUUCUUACUUGGACGUUUACAAAAAAUCAAACAAAAUAGCAAAUUUUUUAACAAAUUCCAAGGAUCUCAGAAAAGGUGAUGUAGUAGCGACGAUUCUACCUAAUGUGCCCGAAUAUGCCAUGAUUGUAUUGGGCGCAAUACAAGCAGGGUUGAAAAUAACACCCCUAAAUCCCGACUACACAAGAGAGGAAAUAACUCACUGCCUCAAGCUCUCAAAACCAAAAUUAAUUUUCACCUUAACGGAUUUGUGGCCAAAUAUCUACAAUGUUGUCCAAAAUGUGCCCAUUGUCCUUAUGAAUCACAGAAAGGAAGUAAUGGAUAUACCUGCCGGUGCUGUUAAACUGAGCGAAGUUUUCGACAACACUUGCCCCUUCAAAAAUCGAAUAUCUGAUUGGAAUGAUGUAAUUUAUCUGCCAUACUCUAGCGGCACAACGGGACUAUUUAAGUGUAUCGAAUUAACUAAUGGAAAUUUGGUUUCAACCAUACACCAUAUUAGUGUUCCCGAAUUCAGGAUACAAACCCUUACGGAUGGGAAUAAUCAGGACGUGUUUCCUGCUAUACUUCCAAUGCACCACAUUUUUGGAAUGCACACCGUUCUUGAAAACCUAACGUUGGGAUGCAAGGCGAUCACAAUUCCAAAGUUCAACAAAGAAACUUUCAUAGAUGUAUUAGAAAAUGAAAAACUGACACACUGCUACUUGGUGCCCCCUUUAGUGCAACUACUAGUAAACGAACCACGUAUAAAACCCGAGUGCUUGACACGAAUGAGGACCAUCGCAGUAGGUGCGGCACCGCUAGGUGUCAACGACGUUCAGAGGUUGCACGAGAAAACUAAGGGGAACGCUAACAUCCUUCAGGGAUACGGGUUAACAGAAGCGGCCGGUGGAAUAUGUUGGCAAACGCCAUAUAUUUCAGGUGGCGUGAAAAUCGGAGGUUGCGGUAUGAUCCACCCGACUAUGGAGUUGAAAAUUAAAAGCGAAUCUGGUGAAUUACUCGGAAGUAAUCGAAGUGGCUUGAUUUCAAUACGCGGCCCGCAGGUCUUUAAAGGUUAUCUCGACAACUCUAAUGCUACAGAAACGGUUUUGGAUUCGGAAGGAUGGUUGGACACUGGAGACGUAGGGUAUUAUGACGAAGAUGGCCAUUUAUUCAUAACUGAUCGUUCGAAAGAAAUGAUUAAGGUGAAAGGCUUCCAAGUGGCGCCUGCCGAGCUGGAAGAUAUCUUGCGAAGUCAUCCUGACGUUAAGGACGCCGCGGUUGUUGGGGUACCACACGAUCAUUUUGGACAAGUUCCAAAAGUGUUCAUUGUCGCUCAGUAUCCAAAUCGUAUAAAUUUAAAGAGUAUCGCGGACUUUGUCGCUAGGAAGGUUGUACGGCAUAAACAUUUAGUGGGUGGAAUUGCAAUAACAGACGGGAUACCAAGAACUGCAUCUGGAAAAAUGUUAAGAAGGCAUCUCAAAGGAUAAAAACCCUUUACUAUCAUUUGUUUGCCAGUGUAAAAAUUAGGAUGUGGUACAUAUUAUUGUAUUUGGUAGGCCUACUGUUAAUUAUUUACAAUAAUUUUAUUUUA